AUGGGAGCCCCGAGGGCGGGGCCGGCCUCACCCUCCCUCCUGGUCCUGCCCCUCGAGCCCUGCCCUGCGGGCCUCAGGGGUGCCCACGUGGACGCGGGUGCUGCAGGGGUCAGAAGUGUGAAUCAGCUUGGAGGACUCUUUGUGAAUGGUCGGCCCCUGCCGCUGGACAUGCGGCAGCAGAUUGUGCGGUUGGCCGUCAGUGGGAUGCGACCCUGUGACAUCUCACGGAGCCUUAAGGUAUCAAAUGGCUGUGUGAGCAAGAUCCUAGGACGUUACUUUCGCACAGGUGUCUUGGAGCCCAAGGGUACUGGGGGAAGCAAGCCACGUCUAGCCACACCUCCUGUGGUGGCUCGAAUUGCCCAGCUGAAGGGUGAGUGCCCAGCCCUCUUUGCCUGGGAAAUCCAACGCCAGCUGUGUGCUGAAGGGCUUUGCACCCAGGACAAGACUCCCAGUGUCUCCUCCAUCAACCGAGUUCUGCGGGCACUACGGGAGGACCAGAGAUUGUCCUGUGCCCAGCUCCAGCCACCAGUUGUUUUGGCUCCAGCUCCUCCCACUUCCCAUAGUGCCUCUGAGCUUUCUCGAGGUCCCCACCCAGGGACUGGCCACCGGAAUCGGACUAUCUUCUCCCCAGGCCAAGCGGAGGCACUGGAGCAAGCGUUCCUGCGUGGGCAAUAUCCUGACUCGGUGACCCGUGGGAAGCUGGCUGCUGACACCUCCCUACCUGAGGACACGGUGAGGGUCUGGUUUUCGAACCGAAGAGCCAAAUGGCGCCGGCAAGAGAAAUUCAAGUGUGAAACACAACUGCCAGGUGCUUCCCAGGGUCUGACUGGACCAGGUAUUUCCUCAGGGAUCAUCACUGCACAGUCCUCUGGAAGUGUGUCCACAGCAGCCCUCCCUGACCUGGAACCCCGGGGCCCCUCCUGCUAUCAACUGUACUGGGGGAUAGCACCAGAAAAGUGUUUGAAUGACACCCCACCUCAAGCCUGUCUUGAAUCCUGCUGGGGCUGCUUGCCCCCAGAGCGGAGUUCCUGGGAUUCAAUUAGGCUUUGCUCUUCCUGUCACUGUCCUGCCGCCAGUCUUGGUGCCCCGCAAGCCCUGCUCUGGCCUGGCUGCCUACCACUGUAG